AUAGGUAGCCGGCAAUAGUGUAACCUUCGCCAAGCGAAGAAAUCUAGGAAAAUGGGUUUAUUGGUGGAACACGUGCGCGCGAAAAAGGUCAUCACUAGAAGAGGAUAACAAAACAAAUAGCCAGGAUGCAGAGCACCUUCUUUCCACUAAACACACGGCGGUUUAAGCAGCAGGCGCAGGAGGCAACUCCAGACACGGUUUACUGGGACAAAUUGGCGAAACCGGAACUUUUGAAGGAGCACAACACUAUUGACUAUGUUGACAUCAGCCCCAGUGAUCCAGACAACUUUGUGCUGACAUGUUCGGUGCGAGUACAAAUAUACAGUUUGGUGACCAAGCUCGUGGUAAAAAAUCUGUCGCGAUUUCAAAAGACCGCCUAUGGAGCCACCUUCCGGCAGGAUGGACGACUUCUAGCCGCCGGCGACGAGGAGGGCCACGUCAAGCUGUUCGAUACCACCAGCCGGAACAUCCUACGCCUGUAUAAGGGACACACGGCACCAGUGCAUCGCACAUUCUUUACCUCGGACAAGCUACAAUUGGCCAGUUUCAGUGAUGACAAGACGGUCCGCCUGUGGGAUGUGGCCAAUGAGAAGGUGGUCCAGACCUACGGGGACUCGCACACGGAUUACAUUCGUGCCGGGGCCAUGCAUCCGCAGACGUCGCACAUGUUCAUCUCCGGCGGUUACGAUGGCAAGAUCAACCUUUACGAUACGAGAGCAGAGACGGCGGUGCAGCGUACAGUGGAUCAUGGUGCACCGGUUGAGUCCCUGUUGUUCCUGCCUUCAGGCUCUAUCUUCAUUAGUGCUGGUGGCAGCCAAGUACGCGUUUGGGAUAUGAUAAGCGGUUGUCGGUUGCUCACCAUGAUGUCGCAACAUCACAAGACGGUAACCUGCCUACGGCUUGGAUCCGAUGGUAAAAGGCUUUUCUCGGGCGGAUUGGAUCGGCAUGUCAAAAUCUACGAUGUGAGCACCUACAAGACUGUUCACACUUUGACCUAUCCCAAUGCCGUAGUCAGCUUGGCAGUGGCUAGUAAAGAUCAGGCUGUUGUGGCUGGAAUGGUCGACGGUUUGGUCUCCAUUCGCCGCAUGCUUGUCGAUAAUAAGCCCAGUAAUCUGAAGAAGAUACGUGCGGAACGGUCUCGCAAGGUUUAUAAGGAAAUGAUAAAGCCUAACAACACCCAGGACGUGGAUCACAUUAUCAAAGAGCGAGUCAAGGGUACGGGACUAAAAACCUUCGAUGUGCAUCUGCGUAGUUUUAACCACAAGAAAGCAUUGGAUGAUGUGAUGGUGCCGCAAAAAAUGGAAAAACAGCCGGAACUGGUAGUGGCAGUCAUUACGGAUCUGCUGCAUCGAAGAUCUCUGGACAAAGCUCUUACCGAUCGACCCGAUAAAGUGCUCAUUAAGUUUAUUAACUUUGUGUGCCUGCACUUGGGUGAGAUAAAAUUUAUGCGUCCUCUAAUGAUGGCCGCCAGCACCGUGUUAGAUGUCUUCGAGAGGCAGUUGGUGGUCUACAGUCACCAGUUGAUGGAGGCCCUAGAGCGUCUAUCUGCCGCUUUUCAGACGGAGAUAAAGUUAACCGCCGAACUGAGUCGUCUAAAGGGCGCCAUGGACAUGCUUAUUGGCGUUUCAAUGGAAAAUGGCGAGGUAGCCCAAAAGCCAACCUAUGCGGUGGUCAAGCCUGCCAAAAUGCAGCCUUCUUCGGCGGCGAAAAAGUACGUUGUUUCAGUCGAUUGACCCGGACCUCCACCGCUAUUCAAUUUGGGCAGUCCGUUUGCUAGAUUAGGAAUAUCACUUUCUCAGAAAAAAUGAGACGAAGUUAGAUUGUUAAAAUUUAAACGCAUUAUUUUAAUUGUAUUAAAUAUAAGCACAUAAGAGUUCGUGUAACUGGCUAACAACCUAGAAUUUUCUAGAAUUUAUUGAAUAAAAAAAUCAAAUCAAAUCACAA